AUGUCUGUUGAGCCUAUUUAACCUGAUGAUUAUUACAAAGUGGACCCAAAGAUGAUUGAAUAUCAAUCUAAGUUUAAGGGCAGUGAAUUUCUAAAGUUCACUAAUAACGCACGUGACUCUGAUAGAAUAGAGGCUUCAAUUAAAAAUAACUAAAUGCUUGAUUUAAAUCCCCCUGGAAAAAUAGAGAAAUUUGCUUGGUAAAUGAGACCGAGAAGCAAGGAUAAAGAAAUAGGUCCUGAACUGAGAUUUAAUCCUCGACUUUAAAUGGAAAGAAUUUAUGACUCUAUUAACAAUAGAAAAUCCCCGAUAUUUGAAGAAGUCAAUUUAACUGAUCACUAAUUACAUUAAUAAGUUAGAGAAUUUGUAAAAAGUGGAAAUGUGAGACACUAAUCAUUCAAUGCCUCAAAUGGGCAGUAAUAGUUUAGAGAUUCAAAAUUAGGUUUUAAUAAUUUCUUUGGAAACCCAUAGCAUAUAAUGAAUUAACUUCAUAAGAAGUCGCAUUUUAAGGGUGUUACUUCUUUACUUAUGGGCUAGGAAGGCUCUUUAGAGGUUAAGCCAUCACAACUAAGAGAUGUUUUCUAGUCUAUUGCUCAAAACCUUGAGAUCAAAAGAAAAUUAAUGAAAAGUGCUGAGAGAACUGGAGGAGAUCCAAGAAACAAUACUAAUGGAAGUAUCUCACUGAAUUAAACAGCAAGCACUCUCUAAAAUAAAAUAUCUAAAUAUAAAGAGAGGAUUUAAAGCUAGAGAGAUAUAAAAUCUAUGAGUAGAAAGCAGAGUACAGAUUCAAGACUUGAUAGAAGUUUGAUCAAAGUACAAAACUAAGCUGAGGAAUUAAAUAUUAACAGAAUAUCACUCGCACCAUUUUUUGCAGAGGAUGUCGAUCCUAAAGAAUUGAGUUAAGACAUCUUGAAAUAAUGCAAUAUAAUCAGGGAUAAGCACUUCAAGACAUCGCUAUUAAGAAGGAAAUCAGGGUUGGGAGGAGGUAAUAGACUUAACGACUCCAAUUAUCAGUAAUAAUGCACUUCAGAAACUAGAAGUUUUAGCAAUACCAGAACAAACAUUAACACUUCGGACAGCAACACUAGCAAAAACUUAUUCUAUACAAGAAGGGUAUUGAAUAAUGAUGAAAACUAAUCUGGGAAGAUCAGAGAAAGAUUAAAUAAAACUUCAAUAGGUAAAUAACCUCACCAUGUUAGAACACAGCAAUAAAGCAUAGAAACAAGAGAAUCUAAUGGAUAUCAACUUUUAUGA